AUAUCGUGUAUAAAAAGUGUUAAUAUGCCAGCAAUUGGAAUCGACUUGGGAACAACUUAUUCUUGUGUGGGUGUUUGGCAGCAUGGAAAAGUUGAGAUCAUCGCUAAUGAUCAAGGAAAUAGAACAACACCAAGUUAUGUUGCUUUUACGGAAACAGAAAGACUUAUUGGAGAUGCUGCCAAAAAUCAGGUGGCUAUGAAUCCAACUAAUACUGUUUUCGAUGCGAAACGUUUAAUUGGACGUAAGUUUGAUGAUCCCAAAAUUCAAGCUGACCUGAAACAUUGGCCUUUUAAGGUCAUUAACGAUGCGGGUAAGCCAAAAAUUCAAGUUGAAUUUAAGGGAGAAAGGAAGAUAUUUAGUCCAGAAGAAAUUAGUUCCAUGGUCUUGACAAAAAUGAAAGACAUAGCAGAAGCAUAUCUUGGACAAAAAAUACGUGAUGCUGUUAUUACAGUUCCUGCCUAUUUUAACGACUCACAACGUCAAGCUACCAAGGAUGCUGGAGCUAUUGCUGGACUUAAUGUCCUCCGAAUUAUCAACGAACCAACUGCAGCAGCCCUGGCUUACGGUCUGGAUAAAAAUCUAAAAGGAGAAAAAAAUGUUUUAAUAUUUGAUCUUGGUGGUGGUACUUUUGAUGUUUCUAUCCUUACUAUUGACGAAGGAUCUUUAUUCGAGGUCAAGGCUACUGCAGGUGAUACCCAUCUUGGUGGCGAAGAUUUUGAUUCAAGAUUAGUUCGUCACUUUUGCCAAGAAUUUGAAAGAAAAUACAAAAAAGAUUUGUCGAAAAAUCCAAGAGCUCUUCGACGACUUCGUACUGCUGCUGAAAGAGCAAAACGUACACUUUCUUCAAGUACAGAAGCUACAUUAGAAAUCGAUGCUCUUUAUGAUGGCCUUGACUUUUAUACAAAAAUUUCUCGAGCUCGCUUUGAAGAGCUUUGUGCUGAUUUAUUCCGUAGUACUUUGGAGCCAGUGGAAAAAGCUUUAAAUGAUGCUAAACUUGAUAAAAAAUCCAUUAAUGAUAUUGUAUUAGUUGGUGGAUCAACCAGGAUUCCUAAAAUUCAAUCUUUACUUCAAAACUUCUUCAAUGGAAAGCAGUUAAAUCUUUCUAUUAAUCCGGAUGAAGCAGUCGCUUAUGGUGCAGCAGUUCAAGCAGCAAUUUUAACUGGAGAAGGAAACAAACAUUCUAGCCUCCAAGAUGUUCUUCUUGUAGAUGUGACUCCAUUGUCAUUGGGAAUUGAGACCGCAGGUGGGGUGAUGACUAAACUAGUUGAAAGAAACUCGAGGAUUCCAUGUAAACAAACUCAAAUCUUCACGACUUACUCGGACAAUCAACCGGCUGUUACCAUACAAGUAUUUGAAGGUGAACGAGCUAUGACUAAAGACAACAACCUUUUAGGAACAUUUGAAUUAACCGGUAUCGCCCCAGCACCUCGAGGAGUUCCUAAAAUUGAAGUAACUUUUGAUUUGGAUGCUAAUGGUAUUCUUCACGUGACUGCCAAAGAUACUGCUAGCGGUAGAUCACGAGAUGUAACCAUCAGAAAUGACAAGGGCCGACUAAGUCGUGCUGAGAUUGAUAAAAUGUUGGCAGAUGCUGAAAAGUACAAAGAUGAAGAUGAAAAACAAAAAGAUAAAGUUGCUAUGAGAAAUAAACUAGAGUCUUAUGUUUAUUCUGUUAAACAAGCAGCUGAAGAGAAUGGUAAUAAACUCUCUAGUACAGAUAAAAAUAAGGUACUCAACCUCUGUACUGAAACAAUUCAAUGGUUGGAUAGUAAUACUUUGGCAGAGAAAGAAGAAUAUCAGCACAAGUUGGAAACACUUCAAUCUCAAUGCUCGCCAAUCAUGACCAAACUUCAUCAGGCAGGUCAAGAUCAAGGUCAAGGUGGUCCAAAGCAAAACAACGAUGGUCCUACUAUUGAAGAAGUUGACUAAAUAUAUUUUUUGUACUUUUUACGCACAUUCAGCUGAGAUUUUUACUAGACUGCAUAUUUUUACAGAUAUUUAUUAAUUUUUUAAGCUCAAAAAUAUUCUUCAUUAUUACUUAAAAGCUUGUUUGCAGUUACGUCAUUUAAUUUAAAAUAUUCACAAGACUAAAUAUUUGUAAGGUAGCUUUUAGUUCAAAAAAUUUUGUAAACAACUGUAGUGGCAGUAUGAAAAAUAAUAAAUAAUAUA